GUGACGUGAGGCCGGCGCCAAUUCGCACGCUGGGCUCCCAGUCUGGAGGUGGCAUGGCUGAGCCGGCGAGCGGGUUCGUGACUCCCGCGGGGUGGUUUUCGGCCCCGGAGCGGAUCCCCACGCUGGGGCCUCUGAGCGACCCAGUCUCGCUGCAGCACAAGUGGAUGCUCUGGGCCAUGUUGCCGCCGCCACCGCCGCCGUCGUCGCCGCCUCCCGCCGCGGGGUCGGAGCCCGGCUCGGAUACGCAGCCCCCCACGGACACCCAGGCGCUCCCCGAGGCGCCUCCGCGCUUCGAUGUCCCGGUUCUUCCCGGGACUCAGACCCUCUUCGACACCCAGUCCCGCCUUGAUGCUCAGCCUCAGAUCAGCGGCCAGCCUUCCUGGAGUUUCCAGGCUUCGACAUCUUGGCACUGGAGACCGCCUCCUAGCAGUUUCCCUCCGCAUCAGACAUCCCACCACACCCCGGUUAAACAUUCUUAUUUUCCACAACAAUAUGAUGCAAAGUUUACUGACUUCAACUUCCCUCCCAGUAGAAAACAUAAAAAAAAGAAAAGAAAAGAACCAGUUUUCCACUAUUUUUGUGAUACCUGUGAUCGUGGUUUCAAAAAUCAAGAAAAGUAUGAUAAACACAUGUCUGAACAUACGAAGUGUCCGGAAGUAGAUUGCUCUUUUAGUGCACAUGAGAAGAUUGUCCAGUUCCAUUGGAGAAAUAUGCAUGUUCCUGGUAUGAAGAAGAUCAAGUUAGAUACUCCAGAGGAGAUUGCAAGAUGGAGAGAAGAAAGAAGAAAAAACUACCCAACUCUGGCCAAUAUUGAAAGGAAGAAGAAGUUAAAACUUGAAAAGGAAAAGAGAGGUGCAGUAUUGACAACAACACAGUAUGGUAAGAUGAAGGGAAUGUCCAGACAUUCACAGAUGGCAAAGAUCAGAAGUUCUGGCAGACAUCACAAGUGGGAAAAUGACUGUGCCGGACAGAGAACAGCCAUCGGAUCAAGCAAUUCCUUGGUUGAUUCAAAGCCUGAAGGUCCACCCAAGGCAAAUGCAGACCCUCUGAGUGUUUUGGUAAAUACUGAUUCUGAGUCUGAUAAAGAGGAGAAACCACAAAGUACUGUCAUACCCAAGGAAGUGACACCAGCCCUGUGCUCAUUAAUGAACAACUAUGGCAGUCUGUCAGGGUCAGAGAGUGAGCCAGAAGGUAAGUUAUGGCCUCAGUUGUUGCAAUGGGUUUGUUUUAUUUUGUUGCUUUUGCCUUUGAUAUAUACUAUGCAUCAGUAGUGUCCAUUCAUGUGU